AGAGACGUGGCAAGUAGCAACAGUGGAGAAUGCGCCCAUGGUUUUGUUGUGAACUGUAACGUGGAAUGUCUUCAAUAUACUAGUAAUAUCACUAGGCGUCGACGACCUACACCUAAUAGCUUUGUUACGUCAUGGAACGACAUGUAACGGUGACGAAACCUAGCCGGAGUGACGAAGUUUUAGACGAAGAUGAGCAGUUGCGGAUCGCCAAUGAAGUCAAAGCGCUGUUCGAAGCACAAGCACCUAAAAGACUCCCAAAACCUAACCGCAGUGAACCUGAAUAUUCAGUCAACCCCACUUCCCCUUUAGAGGAUAUCCCUAUUCCUGAGCUUGACAAUCUCCGAUCUCUUCAAUCUCAAGGUGGUAGUGUCUUUUCGGAAACUAAUUGCUCGGAGCAAGAAGAGUUUGUGGAAACUCAGUACUAUGAUGAGUUGGUUUCCAUUGACAAACAGCAUCACACGACCGGAAGUGGGUUCAUUAAGGCGGUUGAUCAAACGGAUGGAAACAUUUACAAUCUUCAAUUGAAUGGUGGUCAAGAGAAUGGCAGAGCCAGAGUGUUCAAGACUAAUCCAGCGACAAAUGACUGGAUUCCCAGCAGUGAUGAUUAUCAGGUUGGAUUUACCUCCUCAAAACCGAGCCGGAGCGAAAGUGAUUAGAUCGAAAGUCAAGAAAGCAGUCAGAUGGUUUGUUCUGUUUUCCUGAAUUUGUCUUUUAAUCUUGACUGAUUGGAGAGAGAAAUCAGAGAUGAUACCAUGGCUAUGGUGUGAUUAUUUGAAAGUUGGCAUUACAAAAAGCCACUGUAUCUAAAUAGUACCAAUUUCUAGUAGGGACGAUGCCCAAGGAUGUUUCGUGGCUGGCUAAUAAAAGAGUGCUUUAUGUUGUUGGUUAUUAAA